UAACUUCCUCUCCCGGAGACCUCGGUUUUGCACAAGCCGGCCUUGAAAUCAGAGCCUUUCGAGCAGCUCCGGGAGCGUGUGCUCGGCGACCGCGGGCUCGGCCAGCGGCGCGCGCUCGGCGCCCGGCGCCCCCAGCCCCACGCGCGCCGGGCGGACGUCAUGGAGGGGGGCUCCAGCUCGCCCGUGUCCCCCGUGGACAGCCUGGGCACCAGCGAGGAGGAGCUGGAGCGGCAGCCCAAGCGCUUCGGCCGGAAGCGGCGCUACAGCAAGAAGUCGAGCGAAGAUGGCAGCCCAACCCCCGGCAAGCGCGGCAAGAAGGGCAGCCCGAGCGCGCAGUCCUUCGAGGAGCUGCAGAGCCAGCGCAUCCUGGCCAACGUGCGCGAGCGCCAGCGCACCCAGUCGCUCAACGAGGCCUUCGCGGCGCUGCGCAAGAUCAUCCCCACGCUGCCCUCGGACAAGCUCAGCAAGAUCCAGACGCUCAAGCUGGCCGCCAGGUACAUAGACUUCCUCUACCAGGUCCUGCAGAGCGACGAGAUGGACAAUAAGAUGACCAGCUGCAGCUACGUGGCCCACGAGCGCCUCAGCUACGCCUUCUCCGUGUGGCGCAUGGAGGGCGCGUGGUCCAUGUCCGCCUCGCACUAGCGCCGCGCCACCCGCGUCUGGACCCGCGCGCCAGGGUGCACAUGGAAGACCAAGAUGGCAAACAUAUCUGAAAAUGUAUGAUGAAGAGCAAUAAAUGAAGAGAAAGUCCUGGCACUGCCAGAUACCUUUCAGGGCUCCUGUAUUGAGAUUGGCAUGGGGCGGGGGCAGGUUGAGGACUGAAAGCAAACAGAAUGAAAUAGGACCACGGAGAACUUAGGGACAGCCUGGCUGUCUGUCACACUCAGGGCAGGUAUACGGCACAGUUUCCAUGAGUGUAAUUCCAGAAGGCUGGGGUCUGCUGGGUCUGUGCAGGAACAGCCAUGGCGAUUGUGAAGGCCAGAGUUCUCUACCUGCACCCCCAGCUCUCCAGGGGGUCCUCCGCUUGGCUGCACCCCGCCCUUGUUCACGAGCCAGCAGUGCAGCAGUUAAUGCCCAAAUCUCUCUGUUGUCAGUGGGGUGCAGGGCAUGCGCCACACAGCCUGGCCCAGACCCCUUGUCAUAGGUCAUCUGGGACACCCGGGCACAGCCCACUCUGGCUUUUCAGAGUUUCAGGGAUGCUUUACUUUUCCCCACAAUGUUCUAACCUAGGGUUAAAUGGCAACCAAGGACUAUAAAGUCUAGAGCAUCAUGAAAAAGUGGGUGGCUCCCUGCCCAGGCCCAGCAGGCCUACCUGGCAAAUCACAGCCCUGCUCAGGUCUGGGUGGGCACCCGGUGCCUGGCCGCUGUCAGAGACAGCCUCCCGGAUGCUGACAGUGCAGGUGGAGGGCCGGCUUGAUCUGUUUUCCAGGUGACACUGCCAUCCCCAUUUAAUGUGGAGUCUUUUCCCGCGGGAGAUGACGCA